CAGUAAUUUCACGUAAUGUUUAGUUUAUUAGUUUAGUAAAUAAAUUUUUAAAAAUAAACAUAAACAAUUUUAUUUAAAAUGAAGUUGGGCCAAGAGACAAUAAUAAUUAAUCUUUUAAGUGACGAUGAAUGUUGCACAAAUGAUGAAUCAGUGCUUAAAACACCUGUUAAUACAGAUAAAACUUUAUAUGAAGGGGAUAUUGAAUUGAUCCAGAAAGGCAAUAAAACUUCUAUUUUAGAUUCAGACAUGAACAGUGAAUGUGUCGAAAUAAGUGGAUUAGAGGCCCAAAAAUUAUAUGUUGAGUUUCAAAGUAUUGGACCACUAAUAGAAGAUGAGUUUUUUUCUGAAUCACCAAUCAAAAUUACUUCAAAUGAUGAACAGGAAUUUUCUAAUAUCCAGAUUCAAAAUUCCAAUGGCCAAGAGGUAUUAAAUACAAAAUGGAAAUUGAUUAAAAAGAAAAGGAAGAAAACCAUUUGUCUAGUCUGCAACAAAUCCUUUCCCACGACCAAGGAGAGAAAUGAACAUUUCAAUAAACAUUGUGUUAAUAAAAUCAUCAUAUGUAGAUUUUGUAGUAAAACGUAUGUUUCAAAAGAUGAAUAUUUGGUGCAUUAUUCUUUACAUAUCGUCAAGAAGAAAUCAGCAGCUAAAAACAAUGGUAAAAACUUUAUUACUACUAAAACUAUUGAUGUAUCAAAUACCGAAAAGCAUGGAAAAGAAAUAUUUAAAUGCAAUGUAUGUACAGCCGAGUUUGCUAAUCUGUUGCAAAUGCAAAUUCAUCAAAAAAAUCAUGGUGCCAAAAGACCUUUUAAGUGUGAAUUUUGUUGCAGAACAUUUGUACAUUUUAAGAAAUUCAAAAAACACAGUUGUAAUUCGAAAUCUUCCAAAGAUACCAAUUAUUUAAUAAAUGAUUCUUCACAUAUUAUUAAAAAGAAAAAGAAAUCUACCAGACGUUCAAAGUAUUUAAUAAUACAUGAAUCAUCACAUAUUCAAAAGAAAAAGAAAAAAUAUCAUAAAGUCACUGGACAACACGCUGAUAUUAGUAAAAUUAUCGAUGAGUUAAUUUCGGAAGACAAUGGAAGAGAGAUAUUUAAAUGUAAUAUAUGCGAUAAAAAGUUUGUUAGCAUGGUGCAAGUUCAAUUCCAUCAAAAACUUCAUGGUAUCAUGAGACCUUAUAGGUGUCAUGUUUGUUGCAAAGCAUAUGGACAUGUUAAGAACUUGGAAAAACACAAUUGCUACUUCAAAACUUUCAAAUGCCGUCGAUGCUUUUCAGUGUUUUCACAAAAAACGGUUUACAAUAAACACGUUGGUCAUCAUAACACUAAUUCCUUAUUUAAUUGUGAUAAAUGUUGUCAUAGUUUUGAAUCUAAACAAAAUUUGACUAGGCAUCACAAGGGUAAUUGUCAUCCAGACAAACUGUUUAAAUGCAAAACAUGCAACAUAAGUUUUACAUCAAAGAAAACUUUUGAUUCCCAUACAGCUCUGGGUUUUACGGGAAUAUAUUUGUCAAAUAUGUAACAAGAACCUACAAUGUAUUAAAAUGUAUGCAAUAAAACAAUGUAUGCAAUAAAUCAAUAAUCAAUAUCAUAUAAUAUGAUAUUUAAUUAUAAUGCAUUUACUCACGGUUUCUGCUGUUCAUUUUAAAGAACCGCUUGGAUUGACAUGAAAUUUGGCACACACAUAGCCAACAUGUCAAAGAAAAAAGUUGUAGUGCGCCGAUGUGUGCUUUUACCCUGGGGGUGAGUUUCAUCCCUUAUCAGGAGUGAAAAAAUAUAUGUUCAAAAUAAGUCCGGAAAUGGAUAAACUGACUAAUUCUAAGCAAUUUUUGUUCUAUAGCGUUUUUCACUACAUCAACACUUUUCGAGCUAUUUGCGAAUGAAUAUGUUCAUUUUUCAACAAAAAAAAACACUUUUUUUAGAAGGUUAUUUUAUCGAAAGUAAUUAUUUUAUCGAAAAAAGCAUUUUUAGUAAAAAUAUAGCCUAUGAAAAAGUGGAAAAAUGGUGUAUGUAUAAGGUAUCUAGACCCAGUAGAAGCAGUUUUAGCUAAUGAAAAAUAGGUUCAUAUUCGUCAAAUUCCAAAGCGAAUAUUUCAACGUGCAAUAACCAAAAAUGAUGCACUUUUUGGGGAAAACGCAUUAGGACUUUUAAAGUUUUUAAAAUCACCUUUAUUUUUGUUUUUAAACGCUUUUUUAAACUGUUUUCUUUAUUUCAAUAGUUUGCAUCAAAUCUUUAGACGUUAAUUUGACUGACUUUUCUUCAAUGCAAAUGAAUGAAAAUUUGCAAACAUAUGCCUUCGCGGGAACAAUACACGAAUAGUCCAUAUUUUUUUUAUGUUUAUUAAUUGUUUAAAUAAAAAAAAAAACGAUUUAAUGGAAAAUGCUUAAAUUUUCUUGUUUUUACAAUGUAGAAACUUCAAACUUUUUCGGAUUGAAGCUGAUGCUAUGAACUAUACAUAAUUUCACUUUUUACGUUAAUUGUUUACGUUAUGCUUCAUAAAUAAACAAUAAAGUUUCAAAUUUUGAAUACUUGAUAUUUGUUUAUAUAUAAAUCGGCGUUUAUUCGUGUCAAAUUUCAAUACGAUACGAAACAAAACUUCAACCAAAACGCGAAUUCAAAAAAUUCGUGUUUUUAUCGUAGUCUUAGAAAAACCACCGGUAGAGACGUUUUGUGCUACAAUUAACAUUAAAAUUCGUUUUGUCGUAUUAAAACGCUUUUCUUUAGUUCAUUCGUUUGGAUCAAAUCUUUGGACGUUAAUUUGACUGCCUUUUCUUCAAUGCAAAUGACUAAAAAUUUGCAGACAUGGAUUCGCGGGAACAAUACACGAAUAACCAAUAAAAAGUUUUUUGUUUAUUAAUUGUUUAAAUAAAAAAAAACGAUUUUAACGGAAAAUGCUUAAAUUCUCUUGUUUUUUACAAUGAAGAAACUUGAAACUUUUACAGAUUGUAGCUAAUUAUGUGAACUAUACAUAAUUUCUCUUUUUACGUUAAUUGUUUACGUUAUGCUUCAUAACUAAACAAUAAAGUAAUUUUUUGCCGAUUCCGACUACUUUUCAUGUUUGUACAUCAUAUGUUUUAUACAUAUUUUAAUAAACAUGACGAUAUAUUUUCAUGUUUGAAAAGUGUAAGACUAAAAAGUAAAAAAUAAAAAAAAUAUGAAAAA